AUACAGGGGAACGAUAACGCGCGAGCGAGUUAUAACUUUUGUUAAUACAUGUUGUUCCGCCACUCAACAAACAUUCUUUAAUACUUUUGUUCCCGGUCCACCCCCUUCUCUGUCCCACGGAGGGAAAACAGAAGGGAGGGAGAAGCAGAACAGAAGGGAAGGAGAGAGAGGGAGAGGGAUAGAGAAAGAGGGAAAGAAAGUGUUUGAGUGCGUCUGUGUUCAGUCCAACUUGUGAAAAGUUGCAAUCGUUUGUCUCCGUUUCCAAAUUCUUCCAGUUGAGGAGAGCCGCGCGGGGGAACGUCCGUGUUGGAGAUAGCCGACUAAAAAAUGGGACGACUGUGGCUCGCGCUGCUCACUUCGUUGCUAUGGCAAUGCUGCCAGGCUCAGCAAAGAGGCCUCUUCCCGGCGGUGCUGAACCUGGCCACCAUGGCCGACAUCCACGCCAACGCCACCUGCGGCUCCCAGGGGCCAGAGAUGUUCUGCAAGCUGGUGGAGCACGUCCCGGGACAGCCGGCCAGGAACCGGCCGCAAUGCCGCGUCUGCAACCAGAAGAGCAUCAAACCCUUAGAACAACACCCAAUAGAAUAUGCCAUUGAUGGGACCAAUCGUUGGUGGCAAAGCCCCUCCAUCAAGAACGGCAUGGAGUACCACCAUGUGACCGUCACCCUGGACCUGAAGCAGUCUGAGUUUGUGUGGCUGACCGUCUAG